AGUGAGCGCGGCGGCUGCAGUCCGUGGAGUUGGGGGUCGGGAGCUGCGCGGUUUAUGUAAGUAGAUCAGUGUGUACAGGAGCUGAGACCGCUGCGUCACUUACCAGGAGCUCUCCGCCGUAGCAUUGCGGGGGUUUGUACUGAAGGGAGGACGCAGCUUGUGUACGUUCAUACAGAGGGGCGGUGGUGACGCCCAGGAGCUGGAGUAGCAGAGUUGUGUUUGCUGAUUGAUGUUACAGAUAAACGUAUCUGGACAUACAUUCAAGAUGCAGAAUUUGGCGCUCUUGCUAACCUUGAUGCAUGGAGUAAUUUUGUGCUCCGGAGGAUCAUCUGACGACGUCCCCCGGUUAAUCCUUGUGUCUUUUGAUGGGUUUAGGGCGGACUAUUUAAACUACUCUUUGCCCAAUCUCCAGGAGUUUAUCAAUGAUGGUGUCCUAGUAAGAGAAGUCAAGAACGUCUUCAUCACCAAGACCUUACCUAAUCAUUACUCCAUAGUGACUGGUCUGUACGCCGAGAGCCACGGGAUUGUAGCCAACUCCAUGUAUGACAAAGACACCAACCUCACCUUCAGUGUUUCCAACUCUACGUCAGAGACCAAACCGGUGUGGUGGAACGAAGCCACCCCCAUCUGGGUGACAAACCAGCGUGCUGGGCGGAGGAGUGGCUCCGCCAUGUGGCAGGGGACUGACGUGAAGAUCCAGAACGUCACCCUAAAUGACUAUUUACAAUAUAAUCGCUCGGUACCUUUCGAAGAACGAGUGGAUAACAUCACCUCGUGGUUCACCAGGGCUAAUGACUCCAUCAACUUUGCGACUCUGUACUUUGAAGAACCCGACCACAGCGGACAUUCUUUUGGACCUGAAAACAUAUUUAACAUGUCCAACGUACUGAAAGACGUGGAUAUAAAAAUAGGGUACUUAGUGGCCAAGCUUAAAGAGUUAAAACUUUGGGACACAGUGAAUGUAAUAAUCACCAGUGACCAUGGAAUGGCCCAGUGCUCGCAGGACAGAGUCAUUGUGCUGGAUAAUUGUAUUGGCCGGGGAAACUACACACUGGUGGAUACAACUCCAGUGGCGGCCAUAUUGCCCCUUCAAGAUAUAAAUCUGGUUUACGGCCUGCUGAAAAACUGCAGCGAUCACAUGAAGGUCUACCUGAAAGACGACAUCCCCGAUCACUACCACUACAAGCAGAACAGCCGCAUCCAGCCAAUCAUCCUGGUAGCCGACGAGGGCUGGACCAUCGUGCAGAACGCCUCCUCUCCUGUAGCGCUGGGAAACCACGGCUACGACAACAGCCUGCACAGCAUGCAUCCCUUCCUGGCAGCCCGCGGACCAGCGUUCCACAAGAGCGUCCGGAUCAGCACCAUAGACAUCGUGGACAUCUAUCCCAUGAUGUGUCACAUCCUCGGCUUAACGGCAGAAGCCAACAACGGCUCCUUGUCCAGCACCAAGUGCCUGUUAGCCGACCAGUGGUGCGUCCAAGUCCCAGAAGCCAUUGGAAUCGUCAUAGGUGGGAUGCUGGUGCUCGCCACGUUUACCUGCGUGGUCAUAAUGCUGCUGAAGAAGAAGACGCCCUUCCAGGAUGACGAUGACCCUUUAAUUGACUGACCUCCUUUAGUCACAAGUAAACGUGGUACAGUCACUUUAACCUUUCGAAUGUUCUUCCAUGUAAAACCUGGGUGUGCCGAAAUCUGUCUAAAUAUUAGGUGGGGGAUAAAAAAUAUAAAAAAUCGUCCCAAAUAUUAAAGGUACAAUAGGGCAAAAUGCCAGAUUCAGGCCCCUCCUGGACUGGGUCACUCCUCUGCUUAUAGGCAUGUCGGUUUUCGCUGCAGGUUGAGACCCAUGGCAAAAUCGGCGCCAAAUCUGCUCAUAACUUUUUACACUGAAUUUGGGGAUGUUCCCUGAGGUAUCCAUCUUUGCACAAUGUAUAGAACUAAUUGGCACAUAAGUUGAGUAAUGUAAAAACAUUGAAGUGUUUCUUUUGCAUGGCAGCCAGUAUGGUUUUCUGUUGGAAACAGUCAGCAAGCUCGCAGUAGACAGAUCCCAAACAGCCCAAAAAAUGUAUGGCCAAAAAUAAAUGUGUAAUUACUAAAAAUU